AUGGAGCUUGGCCUACACUGCCAGGAUACAUGGCACAAGACGGGAGGUGUAUUCCCUGGUGCGCUAGAGUGGAUGUGGGCAAGCCGGUUAUUCUGGUGCAUCUACGUGCUUGACCGGAAAUGGUGUUUUGGAACUGGCCUUCCAUUUGCCAUUCAAGAAUCAGACAUGGACACCAACCUCCCAGAGCCAGGGCACUCGACACCCUACCUAGCUUGUAUGAUUUCUUACUCUAGGCUUAGUACAAAGGUCUGGGGCUUAGUUGUCGGGUGGAGGAACAGAUCACGGGAAGCGACAGUUGAAAAGUGCGCAUUUUUAGACGCACAGGUUCAGCAAUGGGUGCAUUCUAUCCCACGGGAGCUACGAUUUGAUCCAACCUGGCGCUCAUCUGCAGGACCAGAGCAUACAGAUAGAGCCAUGAUGCUUCAGGUUCUUCUCGCACUUCAAGCGAACCAGCUCCGGAUUCUCGUUUAUCGCCAGAACCUCCUGAGUAGCGAACGAAUUGCAGAGGACUUGGCCGGAGCCUCCACGGCAGUGGAAACUGCGAAAAGUACUGUUCACAUGCUGGACUACUUCAGUGGUGUGUCCAACGUCUAUUUCCAGUGGCCAGAGCCUUUCAACUACUUUUUGAUCUCAGCCCUUGCAGCCCUUUUCCUGGCUGUUCUGCAUGCCCCGGCUCGCUUUAGUCAAACGUGCCGACCUGAAUUCUACACGGCUAUUGACAUGGUGCGCCGCUCAGCCACGCGGGCUCGUACGUCUCGACGUCUUCGAAAGAUCAUUCGCAGUUUGAAACGCAUUCAGCUCAAUAUACACUGGCAGAAAACCCCCGGUCGCCAAGCCUCAGAUCGCCACGCUCGAGCUCCCCAUGCAAGCUCGGGCUCGGGCCCUUCCAUGAGUGUCGAUCCAAACACAGGUGCUCCCUCUCUGCCAAGACAAGUAGAAUCUCGCACUUUGUGGGAUUCUACUCCAGGAUCGUCUAGCAUUGACUCUCCGUCGCUUCAAAAUCCACCGAGCCUCUAUCAAACACCUGGGAUGUCGACCCCGCAAAAAUCGUCGGCCACAUUUUGGCCCCUUUCGCCUGGCACGGCUCCAGAGGCAGAUUCAAACCAGUGUGAGGAUCUCAGUAGUUUCUUUGAGAUUGCAGGUGGACUUUAUUUUGAUCCUCGGGCUGGCGCAGACUUCACGACCGAAGUGAACAUACCUGGGAUGCCAAACUGUGAGAAUGGUCGAUCGCCAAAUGCUUUAGAUGCAUUCCAGGCCGAGGAUGAGGCCUUGACACGCGUUAUGGCGGGUUUACUAUAA